AUGUUGGGGGUGGUGCUAAUGGUGGUGGGGCUGGUGGUGCCCGUGGCGCGGGGUAUAUGGUUGGAAGUACCGAGUUCAGGAACAAAGUGUGUGUCUGAGGAAUUACACAGCAAAGUCGUCGUUUUGGCUGAUUACUUCGUCGUUGGCGAUGAGCAUCAUAUAAAUAAUACCAUUGUUCCCACCAUUUCUGUUAAGGUUACUUCACCAUACGGUAACAACCUUUAUCACCAAGAAAAUGUCACCCAUGGUCAAUUCGCCUUCACGACAACUGAGUCUGGCAACUACUUGGCAUGCUUCUGGAUUGAUAACAGUCAUAAAGGAGAUAGGGGUAUGAGUGUUGGUCUUGACUGGAAAACUGGAAUAGCUGCUAAGGAUUGGGAUUCAGUUGCAAAGAAAGAAAAAAUUGAAGGUCUAGAACUUGAGUUACAGAAGCUUGAAGGAGCCGUGGAAGCAAUCCACGACAAUUUAAUCUAUCUGAAAGACAGGGAAGCGGAUAUGAGGGAAGUGAGUGAGAAAACAAAUGCUAGAGUGGCUUGGUUAAGUAUCAUGUCCCUUGGCGUCUGCGUUGUGGUUUCGAUUUUUCAAUUGUUGUAUUUGAAGCGCUACUUUCAGAAGAAGAAACUAAUCUAG